AGGGGGAGCCAACCGUCCUCUGCUUAAAACUGCCAUAAAUAUUUGAUUUGUUUAGUUGGACUUUCGACACAUUUCUUCUUCUCUCUUUAUUAUUAAUAGCGCGACCUAGUUUCCACGUUGAAGCUCAACAUGUGGAAGGGCCGCUGCAAAAGUUGCCACUUGGAAUGCUGACUCGCACACAACGCACACAACAUCAGAUAAGCAAAGAGCCAAUCGGACAUUUGGACACGCACACGCGGUGCAUAAUAAGAAGGACUUGAUGACUUGCACACACCAUUUGCACACCGGACCUCCGCUGGAUCUCUGCACGGUGACGGUGCGGGUGCUUUGCCUACUGUCGUUUGCCAAAUGCCCGCCAGCAGCCCUCGUGAUGCCAAGUGCCCAGCUGGCACCGCGGAAGAGUCCCGGGCGUCGGCGGAGGAUGUGUUCGACGACGCCUACGCGGAGAAAGUAGGUCCCAAACCCCGCAGGACGCUGGUGUGGAGGAACAUCUGGCUCAUGGCGACGCUGCACGCCGGCGCAAUCUACGGAGUCUUCCUCAUCCCCAGCGCUCGCGGACUCACGCUGGCUUGGACUGCCGUGUGCUUCUUCAUCAGCGCCCUCGGCGUAACGGCCGGCGCGCACAGGUUAUGGAGCCACAGAUCCUACAAGGCUUCACCGGCCCUGCGAGUCUUCCUGGCUCUGGCCAACUCAAUGGCCUUUCAGAACGACAUCUACGAGUGGGCGAGGGACCACCGCAUUCAUCACAAGUAUUCGGAGACGGACGCCGACCCCCACAACGCCAAGCGCGGCUUCUUCUUCGCGCACAUCGGCUGGCUCCUGGUUCGCAAGCACCCCGACGUCGUGGAGAAGGGCCGGAAACUGGAGCUGUCCGACCUCAAGGCCGAUAAAGUGGUCAUGUUCCAAAGACGGCACUACAAGCUCUCUGUGUUGCUCUUGUGCUUCCUGGUGCCCAUGUUGGUUCCCUGGUACUUCUUGGGCGAGUCCCUCCUGGUGGGCUACUUCCUGCCCGGCUUGCUGAGGUACACGAUUGGGCUCAACGCCACCUGGCUGGUCAACAGCGCCGCGCACAUGUGGGGCAACAGGCCCUACGACCACACCAUCAACCCCAGGGAGAACAGAAUUGUCGCCUUGAGCGCCAUAGGGGAAGGCUUCCACAACUACCACCACACGUUCCCCUUCGACUACGCCACCAGCGAGUUCGGCUGCAGGCUCAACCCGACCACCGCCUUCAUCGACCUCAUGUGCUUCCUGGGUCUGGCCGGCGAGCGCAGGGCGGCGUCCAAGGAGAUGAUAGCGGCCCGCGUGCAGCGGACCGGCGACGGCAGCGCUCAAAGUGGCUGAGUUCCGGAACGUAGCGGCACAUUCUGGUGGUGAUGAUGAUGAUGAUGAUGAUGAUGAUGAUGAUGAUGAUGAUUAUUAGGAGACGCACAGGCAGUAAGUUUUUACUCAAACACCAGAUCAACAGUAGACCGGAAGACAAUAGGGAGGCUAAUUGGGAUUCCUUUUUGUUCCUUUUCCACUGCACAGUGCUGACUCACGAAUGGCAUUUUUCAACAAGGUACUGUUUCGAGUACCUGGUCGUUUAAUGGUUGGAUGGAUUCGUAAUUGGGACAUUUGAGGGUAAACAGCGAGAAAAGACAAAGAUUAAAGAAACCUGCUCACGUUAGCUUGUACACCGCAGUCUCCGGUUUGCUGCAGCGGCCCAUAAUCUCCUUCCGGAUUAAUUGUCUCUUUAAAGUGGCCACAGGAACUAAAAACAGGAGACCUUAAUUAGCCUUUGUCUCACUUUGACUGAUGCGUUCAGUGCGGCCUGGUUUUCCUAGUUCCCGAGCCAAGUUGGUACUGUGCAGUGAUUGAAGCCUCGAUUGCAAAUGAAUUAAUGUAUAUGAUAUUUAUUAGCAAUCUUUCCCAGUUUAGAAACUUCAUUAUGUUUAUGAUUAAGAACAUGUCCAUUACUAUAUUUUGUGAGCUGUUUUUUUUUUUUUUUUUUUUUGCUGUACAUGUUUUUCCAUUGGAGACCGCUAGUGAUUUUUGUGUCUUAAAUCUUAAAGGUGACAUAUUAUGCAUUUGUUUUCACAAUUUAAAACAGUUCCCAGUCAUCACAAUACCCCAAUGAUAGAUAAUUGCAUCACACUUUACACAGCCUAUUUUUGGCGAAGGCGGCCCUGUCGCAUGCAGGUGAGGCAGCCCCAAUCCCGCCUCAAAUACUGCUGUACCAAUGGCGAGUACAGAUUGUAUUACCAUGCAUGACGUUUUUGUGGAGGCGCAACUUCAACAGGAAUCCACAAAGGUACACUAAAUUACUGUGGCGCAUGCAGCAGACGCACCACCAAACACACAUUGCCCCCCCCUGCCCCCCCCCCCCCCCCCACCCCCCACCCUACUGCGUCGAUAACUUCACGGCGCAAUCUCGUAUCGAGCACUACCAGAAUAAAAAAUCAAAAAUGAACAUCCGAUUAAACUCAAUGGCACUCUGCUGACCGUUUAGCUAAUGUAGCGCUUCAGACAGUGUAGUCCGGCAGCGCUGGUCCUUGCUUGAAGGUAUCUCUGGAUCUUCACCCUGCCAAGCUUCCAAGUCAUGGGCAGAGAGUGUGCAAGGCAAUUCGUUUGUAAAUGAAAGAAGUGCAGGUUGCUACAUUUGUGGAAAAUGGAGAUAAGCCAUCAAUCAAUCGCCAUCUACAGGGACAUUGUAGUAUUGCACAAAGGCGUGCAACUAUUAAUUCGGACAAGCGCUUAAAAAUCCACACUAUAGCGGGGGCUCACUGUACUUGGCCAAAUUGACAUAAUAUGUCCCCUUGAAGCUUUUUGUAUUUUUGUACAUUAGAAUGCUUUGUGACAAGCACUAGCUUUACUAAACUACAGCACGAGCUGCUGUGUUCGAGAUUAACAUCGCCCAGUCAUCGAAACCAACCGACGACGUCUUUUCAACUAACAUGAAUGGAAAAUCAAUGCCUACAGUGUGCUUCCAGCCCAAAAAAGAGUCAAAGAGUUUAUCUGCGCCAGCACGGAAAUCUUUCCCUCAUAUAUGUUUAUGCUGUUAUUUUGGAUUUGAAGAUAAAAGGUUCACCCUCAGAUAAGAACGUCGGACACGCACGUGGUGCAGUCACGUGCGGGGGUUUAAUGCGACAUCUACUAAUAUAAACAGAAGCACAAAUCAUCCAAAUAGAUCAUUGUUGCUUUAUUGUACCUGUUUGCAAGUGACGAGUAAAGUGAUGGACAUUUUGUUAACUGAUGGAGGGGAAAAAAAUGCCACUACUUUGUAAUAAACACAAUGAACAAGUA